CUUUGGUAAUAUGGACCGGAUUUCAGCCCUGAUUCGUAAGGAGAGACUACUUCUAAAUCCUCACGGAACCCAUUUCCAAGGUGUAGUGUUUGAGAAGGGAAUACAUCAUUCGAUAUUCGAUUCCAGAAACUGCAUACAUCCAAGAGAUUUUUGACGACGGCAACGAUAUCAUGAUUAUUUGUUUCUUCCAGCAGCAGGUCAAGCUUCUAUUUCAACAAGAUUCCUUCGAAGUUGAUAUGUCUUUCAAACGGAUUCGACAAAAGGACAUCAAUGAGAUCAUUUUCGCAAAUCUCAUCCCAUCACACGGAAAAAUCAUUACUUGGGGUCGCAUCCUAACGAAUAUGGAUUCCGUCCAAGGCUAUCAGUUGGCCUUUGAGCGAUUCUUCAGUACCGCUUCGAAAGUAGCGGAAACGCCUGUGAAAUGGAAGCACGUCCAUGAAACCGCCGUAAAUUCCUUUUCUGCGGUAGUAAUGGAUAUGUGUCCAAAACAGAUGAAAGGGUUCGGAAGGUAUCUUAAAACCGUUGACCCCCAGCGCCGCUCUUGGGACUGGCACGCGCGCCGGACGGUCAUAUUUUGCCGUGUCCACUUCUUUCGCAGUAUUGAGAAGCUUAUCCGGGAAGACGAGGCAGGCUUAACGCUCCGUAGCCGCCUGCGGUCUUUACUUACGUGUAAGACACGGGAUGAGUAUUAUCAGCUCUGCGAUUUGAUUACAGAGCACGAACGUGUUGAGAUCCAGCAAUGGGUACGUCAUAAACGACACCCGGUUAUCGCAGCAGGUCUAAACAGAGCUUGUUCCGAUAUGGAUCCGAACGUGUUCGACAGUGUCCUAAAGCAUACAAAUGCCGUUGAGCAAGCCGCAAACAAAUCAUACGCGCCAGGCAAGCGACAAGACCUGCUUAUCGCUAUUAAACAUGCCCAGACUAGGGAUAAGCGAGAUCUCGACCAGUAUCGUAUACGGGAAGACCAUAAUAUGACCCACGUCCAACGGAAUACAACGCUUCAAGCCCGAUAUGAGGAGCAAAUGCGCAAAGACAAGCGUAUUCAACUCAAAAGACGUAGAGUUGAACCGUCAUUGGACCAUAACGACGAUGAGAUCCUUACACUUGCGUCGUCGUCUGGUUACGUACGGACUCCAAGUCGACGAGGAUCAAGAUCUCCGGCUUUAAGAGCUAGGAGGUCUGAGUCGGUCGGAACUAGCAAUAGGCCAAUAAGGUAUUUAUAACGUACUUUAAACAUGUUUCGAUUAUAUUAACCUUCUAGUGAAAACUCUCUACCGCGCCUCCAGCGCGUAGCCGUAGAAAGGGAGCAAGACUUAGCUACGCGUAGACAAGAACUAGAGCUCCGCCAAUUGGCCGCUCAGUGUCAAGGGCCCAAACCACAAAGGAUUUGGUAAGCUGGUAACGCUGUUGAAUUGCUAAAGAGAGAAGGAGAAGAUCUCUCUCACU